AUACCAGUAAUUCUCCUGAGGAAACUGAACACUUUUCAACAGUACAAAAAUGCCGUGUUGCAUCGAAAACUUGGUAGCAUUUAUUUCCACUUACAUGAAAAGAGAUUAGCUUUCGCUAUAUGAAAUGCGAGAUAUCACGCACGCACGCAUGUAUAAAAUUUAAUAUAUGCUAUCUAGUUACCUUACUACGAAUGCAUGGAAUGGAGUGCGCUAAAAUGAAAUCUGGACUAGGUAUGGACAAAAUGUAUUUAACAUAAAACCUCAUCUUCUUUGAUUUGAUUGACGCCAAUGUCGCUGUCAGAUAUGCCAAGAUUCAGUGAUUUCAAGAUGAAGAUAUAUUCCGUUUCGUAUAUACAAGGUACUAUUUGGAUUACGGAUUUUUGGUUUCAAGGAGUCUCCCAAGGAGUUCAUAAGAAUUGGCACUGCAGCAUUCAAUAGAAACCAAUCCCUUUGGGGUAAUUAUUCUGAUCAUAUGUUUCUUUCGAUCACGGUAUUGGCCCUGUGUUGUUCCUUGGUAAACACAAUAUUCUUUCCAAUUUACCCAAAAUUGAAAUUAGGCCCAAAACCUUCGAAAGACGCCGGCGAUCCACUAUUUUUAACACCUUACAUUGAACGAGGAUUAGUAAAGCUAGCCCAAAACCUGUCUCGAGUGUAUCUGCCGCAUACGCCUGAAGUCGCGAGCCAUGCUGGCUUCCUGACGAUCAACAAGCAGUUCAGCUCCAAUCUGUAUUUUUGGUAUUUUUUACCAUUUUCUAAGAACCAUUCAGCGCCGGUCAUUUUGUGGUUGCAAGGCGGACCUGGAUGUAGUUCUCUCUACGGACUUUUCGCAGAAAUAGGACCCCUUUGCGCAAGGAAUCACAGAUUGGUUUUGAGAAAAUAUCACUGGACUCUGCGGUACCACGUGAUUUUCAUUGAUAGCCCUGUUGGCACCGGCUUCAGCUUUUCAAAAAACUCUAACGGUUAUUGCGUCAACCAAGAAUGUAUUGCAAAAGGACUAUAUCGGGCAUUGUGGCAGUUUUUUCAGCUUUUCCCAUUGCUGUUGAGAAAUGACUUCUACAUAGCCGGCGAAUCGUAUGCUGGGAAGUAUAUACCGUCUCUUGGCAUGGAAAUUCACAAACAGAAUGCCAGAAGAAGAUUAAAAAUGAAUUUAAAAGGCAUGGCGCUUGGCAAUGCUUACUGCGAUCCGUUAAACCAAUUGGAUUACGGUAACUACUUGUACCAGCAUGGUAUGUUGGACGGCAAUGAGUUGGGCGUGUUUAUAAAAAUUCAAAUGGACAUUUACGUGUCAAUAAGAAACAAGAAUUGGUUGCAAGCGAACAUACUAAUGGACAGGUUGAUGGACGGACAGGUCACACACUUCUCGCUGUUUAAGUUCUACACGGGGUACGAUUCGUAUUACAAUUAUUUGCAUUCGACGUUGAAAAACGACGCGACGUCGUUCAUAACUAUAGUCCACAGGAAUGACGUGAGACGCAGCAUGCACGUGGGAGGGCUGCCGUUCAAUGACGGGGAGACGGUGCAGUUGCUGCUGGCUCUGGACAUGAUGCAGUCCGUGGCUCCCUGUGUCGCCGAACUGCUGUCUCAUUACCGAAUGCUAUUCUACAACGGCCAACUAGACAUCGUUGUGGCGUACCCUCUCACGGAAAACUUCUUAAACAAUCUGAAUUUUGCCGGCGCAGCAGAAUACAAAAGAAGUGGUAAAAUAAUAUGGAAAGUGGGCAAGAAUUUAGCUGGUUACAUAAAGAAUGCCGGGAACCUAACGGAGGCUUUGGUACGGAAUUCCGGACAUAUGGUGCCGCAAGAUCAACCGAAAUGGGCUCUGGAUUUGAUAACGAGAUUCAUAGAGCGUAAUUAUGCAUGAUUUUAUGGAGGCAAUGAAGUGUCUGGUCGCUAGAACGUAUAAUUUUCGUAUAUUAUCUAAGAUUCUCGAAUUAGAUUAGCCUAGUAUUAUUAUUGUAAAUGAUACGAACAAAUCUCAUUUAUUUAGACACCCCUGUUAAUUUUAAUUUUGUCAAAUUAAGUCUAUAUUUACGUUAUUAAUUUGUAAAUGCCUUAUAAUUUUGAGAUACUCAUUGUUGUGCUGACGAAUACGUGAUUAUCAAGUUUCCCUUGUGCAAUAUUCUGUAUACGUAACUAUGUUGUGUUUUAUAUGACGGAAAUAAAAGUACAUUUUU